AGAAGGCAACUGUGGAAGGAUUGCGGCCAUUUUUAAAAUUCCAUUUUCUUCGUGGAUAGUUAAGCGAUUAGUUCGUGAUUUUCAGCAAUAAUCGGACUGUAGAAAUAAGUGAAUAUAGAAAAUUGAGUUAGAGCGGAAAUGUUAAAGAUUUUUGCGUGCAUCGAAACCGUUUCUCCUAGAUAACUAAUAUAGAAAACAGAAAUUGCGUCGGCUCCUGCAGGGAUCCUGUUCGUUCUACAUAUUGUAGAAGAUAAAUUUGGGUUUUAUAAACUCUAUUUUUCUUUCUGAGAUCAGCUUUAUACAGACUUCGAAAAUAUGAUGACGGACAGAAUAAACAUGAACCAUUUAACUCUGAAUAGUAAAAUGGACGCUGAUGUUAAAAUGGAGUUAAAAGACGAUUUAGGAUGGAAAGCCAAACUGAAAAUCCCAGCAAAAGACCACAGGAUACAAACGACUGAUGUAACGGACACAAGAGGUAACGAGUUUGAGGAAUACUGCUUGAAACGAGAACUGUUAAUGGGUAUCUUUGAGAAGGGAUGGGAAAAACCGUCGCCCAUCCAGGAAGCAGCCAUUCCCAUCGCAUUAACUGGAAAGGACGUUCUCGCUAGAGCAAAGAAUGGAACAGGAAAAACUGGUGCCUACUCAAUACCGGUUCUGGAACAAAUUGAUCCAACGAAAGACUGUAUUCAAGCUUUGGUAAUUGUACCCACACGAGAGCUUGCAUUACAAACGUCCCAAAUUUGUAUAGAAUUGGCGAAACACUUACUGAUUCGCAUCAUGGUGACGACAGGAGGCACCAACUUGCGAGAUGACAUUAUGAGGAUUUAUCAGAAGGUGCAAGUUAUCAUUGCCACACCUGGACGUAUUUUAGAUCUCAUGGAAAAGGGGGUUGCACAGAUGGACCAGUGCAAAAUUUUAGUAUUAGAUGAAGCCGAUAAACUUCUAUCGCAAGACUUCAAAGGCAUGCUCGAUGUUGUGAUCAAAAAUCUGCCUGAAAAGAGACAAGUUUUGCUGUUUUCGGCAACGUUUCCACUGACCGUGGAACAAUUCAUGAGGAAACACUUGCGGUCUCCGUAUGAAAUCAACCUUAUGGAGGAACUGACGUUGAAAGGUGUUACUCAAUACUACGCUUUUGUGCAGGAACGCCAAAAAGUCCAUUGUUUGAAUACUCUUUUUUCCAAGUUACAAAUUAACCAAAGUAUUAUAUUCUGUAAUUCGACGCAAAGGGUGGAACUGUUGGCGAAAAAAAUAACUGAGUUGGGAUAUUGCUGCUAUUACAUCCAUGCAAAAAUGGCACAGACACAUCGUAAUCGCGUGUUCCACGACUUCAGGUCGGGCUUAUGUCGGAAUCUUGUUUGCUCCGAUCUCUUUACAAGAGGUAUCGACGUGCAAGCUGUGAAUGUGGUAAUCAAUUUCGAUUUUCCCAAAAUGGCAGAGACAUAUCUUCAUCGUAUUGGUCGAUCAGGACGUUUCGGUCACUUGGGUAUCGCCAUCAAUUUGAUUACCUACGAGGAUAGAUUCGCUCUGCAUCGCAUUGAACAAGAGCUGGGAACGGAAAUCAAACCGAUACCGAAAAUCAUUGACCCGAGGCUGUAUGUUGCCAAACUGGGAGAAGAAGAUCCUGAAGACUUGGUGAAGUAACGGAGAAACUCGAGGUGUCGGCAAUCUAACGUUGUAAAUAUGUGGAUGAACAAACGUUAACAGAUUUUUUUCAAAUCGCGAAGGACAACUACGUUUUAAUUUUUUUAUACAGAAAAAUAAGGAUAAUUUUUUCGGGAAAUUUAUUAGUGAACGGUGUACAGCGCGCAACUUGUACAGGGAUGCAUUGAUAUUUUUUGUGGUGUACAAUUGACUUUAGUGAGCAUUUCCAUUCAACUGUUGGCCUUCAUCUGAAUGUAGUCUGUGAUAAAUAAUUUCACUCGUCAUUUUUGCAUUGUUCAAGUAUUAAAUUUAAUCAUUAUGGACAACGGCUUGAAUUGGCUUUCGGAUAAAUGUUCUGUUACCCAACAUUACAUCUGAACUCCCUGAUUGUCCUUUGUACAUCCCAGCAGUAUCAUUGCAACUAAGGCAUUUCAUCAACUUUUCUUGGGUUAAUUUAACAACAGAAUCUCCGUUAACUCGACAACGGUUGAUUGAGGUUGUACAGUUGCGCGGUACCAGCAGUGGAAAGACUACUCUACGGUGUAAAACUAGGAGAAAAUGGACUCCAAAAAGUGAAUUAUGUGAUAAAUGUAUUUAUUACUAGAAGGUGGAAAAUUGACUUGAUCAAUUGUUAGGGGAUUCUCUAGAGGAACAUACUGUUGAAAAUUUUAUAUUCUGCUGUGAGGGUAUAGGAUUAUGAGCGCUAUGUUCUAAAGCAAAAAGUAAUGUUGCCGUCUUUCGCUAGGAUUUUCAAAAUUUUCACUACAGGCAACAAAUUUUAACCGCAACUUUUCUUUUCUAAAUUAAGUAUCUGAAUGUAAUGGGGGAUUAUUUUUUUCGGGGAAUUUCGAAUCGCAUGAAAACCAGAUGUUGGUUUGCAGAAUUGUCGUUUUUUGAAAAAUUUCUUAGAGUCAUAGGCGCAGGCCGUUCUGGGAAAUUAAAUUAUUUGUUAUCGGCAAGAAAAAUGUCUGCGCGCCCAAAACUUAUCAUUUACUUUCAUUUCCUUCUUUCGGCCUUAAUGUUGGGUAACAAGUUUUGGGCUUGCCCAUUGAAAUAUGGUGUAUUUUGUUAUAAAAAAUCCACAAAAGUGAAGAGUUUUUCAUCUUAUAGGAAGAACAAUUGUGCAAUAACUCAAUACUGCAGUGCAAACAACAACUCUGUGUAAAGUUUGGCAAAACUGAUCUUGAUUAACUACAACCAAUGAACAUGAAAGGGAAUUAGUCAAGUAAUAUAUAAACUCUUCACACAA